AUGUCAGAACUAGUGGACCGCCCACGGGCGGAUUUGACGCAGGAUGAGCUGCAACAAUUAGAAGAAUUUGAGUUUAAAAAUGGUCCUAUGUCACUGAUAAACGAUGCGAUGGUUUCCAAAGUGCCGGUUAUCAUAUCACUGAGGAACAAUCAUAAGAUCAUAGCUCGAGUGAAGGCUUUUGACAGACACUGUAAUAUGGUGCUUGAAAACGUCAAAGAACUUUGGACAGAGAAAGUCAACAAGAAAACAGUUAACAGAGAGCGUUUCAUCAGCAAGCUUUUUCUGCGGGGUGACUCCGUCAUCAUUGUUUUAAGAGCGCCAAUGUGA